CACGCAUUUUGAUGCCACAUUAGAUGGAAUUAUUCCAAAGACUGUUUUAUGUUGAGCAAGGUAUCACAAUUAUCCAUAAAUUCCCGAGAAACAUACCUUGAAAUAUCACUCAACCAUGAGGAUUACGAGUUUAUGUACGGUCAUGUAAUCGAUGGAAGAAAUUUGUUACCCGCGAUGGGUUAUCUUGUAUUUGUUUGGCAAACUAUCGGCAUGAGAAAGGGGGAAGUGUACACAACAGUACCAAUAAUAUUUCAAGAUGUACGAUUUAUUCGUGCUACUCAUUUGUCCAAAAAGAAUGCUGUAAACUUGAAGAUCGCGAUACUGGAAGAUGGAAAGUUUGAAAUAACCGAAGGAGAUAGCGUUGUAGUGACAGGUACAGUGCAAGACACAUCGAACCCAGAACAGGAGAUGAUUCGGAGAGAUCUGUUAUUACCGGAGAUUAACGAUGAGGAAGAACUUAUGACUGAGCGGGAUAUCUAUAAGGAGUUGAGACUGCGCGGUUAUCAUUACAGCGGCUGGUUCCGUGGAAUACACAGUGCGUCUAUUUCAGGCAACAAAGGACAUAUCUUUUGGAGGAAAAAUUGGGUAGCGUUUAUGGAUGCUAUGCUACAUAUGUGCAUUAUCGGAAAUGAUAACAGAGAACUGUAUAUUCCGACAAGUUUUCAGAAAUUGGUUAUCAACCCUAUGCUUCAUUCGAAGCUACUAAAGAGUACGAUUUGCGUGGAAGAUACUAAAAAUAUGAAGCAACUAAUACCAGUACGAGUAUAUAAGGAAAUAGACACAAUUAUAUCUGGCGGAAUAGAGAUACGAGGUUUUAAAACAACUCAGAUUUCUCGUCGAAAAUUAGCUCAAGAUACUGUUAUCGAGGAGUACAUAUUUGUAGCUCAUCAUGAUCGCGCCAACAUUUCUUUAGACGAAGCCAUUUGGAUAUCGGCACAACUCGCACUGGAAGAUCAUCAAAUUACCAAAGUGAAAGUCAUCGAGUUGGUGGAAGAUGUCGACGACGUCGAAAUAGAAUAUCUCUCAUCUUCGUUGCUAAUUGACGCUUUUGGUGAUGAGCCAUUGAUACAAACGAACAUCACUUUAUUAACAUCACCGAAUCGUUUUAGUCCAGCAGACUUGCCGCAGAACAUUUCACUUGGAGAACUAAAUAAAUCAUUUGUAGACGAUAAAGUCCUAAUAGUUGCCGGAUUCAACCUUUUGACCAAACAACAAGCUUUGUUAGAACGACUUUUGUCAUUUCUGAAAGGAGGUGGUUAUCUAUUGACGCGUGAGAAGUGCGACGCAAUUAACUAUACAAAAUAUUUACAGCAAUACGAAUUAAAUGUUAUUCUUGAAAAGCGUACCGACAAAGAAAUGAUCGUCCUUUUGAAGAAAAAAGUUCUGAUAGGGAAACGAAUAGUUGUCUACAUACAUAAUGAUAACUUUAAUUGGCUGGAGGAUCUAAAGCCACUGGUGAGCGACGAGAGCAAAUUCGAAAAGAAUAACAGGAUUGUAAUUGUUGGGGAGAAGGAUUUCGAGUGUGGUUUGUUAGGUUUUAUUAAUUGUUUGAGGAAAGAGCCAGGCGGGGAGCAUGUUAGAGGUGUGCUUAUUCAAGAUGAGAAGGCUCCUAAGUUUUCUUUACAGGACCCUUUUUAUGUACAGCAAUUGCAAAAAGAUAUGGUCAUUAAUGUAUUGCGAUCUAACAAGUCCUGGGGAUCGUACAGACAUUUGCGAUUAUCGAAGCCAAAAGCCGAACCCGUACCUACAGCUCAUGUCUGCCAAAUGAAGCUUGGUCACCAGCAUCACCGUUUCUAUGUCAAGAAGUGGGCCUAGGUCUUUUCUUGAUUCCAUCCGCUGUAUCUCUUACCUUAUCAAUAUAUUUUUUAUGAACACCGUCA